UAAAUUGUAUUUGAUAUUUCUCUUAUGGUACAAAAAAUUGAAAUAAAAAAUAUAGAAACAGACAAUACUAAACCGAUCCUUAAAUUGUAUUUGAUAACAUAUUAAAACUUUAUGUGAAUUCAAAUGAAAUUUAGUAUAAUUUUUUGACUAUAUUUUAAUUUAGAGUUAUAUUAUUAAAAGGCCUAAAAAAUUCAAGCUUUCAAACACAUCAUUUUAAAAAUAAAAAUAAAAAAUAAAAUGAAAUUGGCAGAAGCAUUCUUUUUUAUUUAAAAAAAUAAAAAAUAAAAAUAAAGGGAAGAGGAUUUAGGAACGCGAGCGAUUAAAAAUGGCAGUGUCGUUUUAGUAAAUGAAGUGCCGUAAUCGCACUGUUUAGAGUUUAGACAAGGUAGAAAAGAAGCAGAGAGUGGUCCACAGCCUGAACUGCUGAAACCAGCCUUGUCUCAUCCUCCGUUCUACUGUCAUUCACUGGCACAGUCACACUUGUUCAUCAGUCUCUCACCCCGUUCCAGAGAGAGCGUAGAGGAGUGAGAGGCAGAGAGGCUCACUGCUAUUUCUGCGGAGAGCUCUCGACGGAUCUUUCCCUUUUGUCUUCUGCUCCCCGUGACCGCCUCGCCACGCACCAUAAACAACCCCUUCCUCUCUCAUAUCUGCUCCUACUGCUGGAUUCUCCGUCUCCACUUCGCGUCCUUGAUGCCCUUAUUGGGUAACUUUUCUUUCUGAGAUAAUUUCUUUUUUAUUCCGUUGGUGCAAAACUCAUCUCCUAAAACAUUGGAUUUUUGGGUUUUGUGAGUCCAUUUACUGGGGAUUUCAUCUGGGUUUUUCUGGGGCUUUUGGUUAGAGGGAGAAACAGGGUGCUUCCAAUUUGAGCUCUGUUUCUGUGUGUUCUGGAGUUCUUUCCGAUGUUCUUCAUGGCAAUCUGAUUCCUGGAGAAGAAGGCAACAUGGCUACUUUUUCGCAGGAUUCAGCUGCUACAACGUGGUCAUUUUUUUUUAGGGUUUUUGUAUAGGGGUCUAGCUUCUUCCUUUCUCUGUUUUAUUUUAUAUUCUCGUAGGUUUUGGCAUUUUCCACUUUUUCUAGUUGUAGGACUUUUGCUGAAAGCACUGUUAGGGUUUAGGGUUUUGUACCUUUUGCGCCGAGGAUUCCGUCCGAAUCUGCUGCGAGCUUGAUUCUUGCAUUUUCUCAUCCGUGGCUGUAGAUUCCGCCAACAGCUGCUCUUUCUGUUUUCAAUAUUGCUCUUUUUCUCAUUCAAUUGGAUGAAAAUUUGGAAUUGGGACUUAAAAUUCUCCCCCCAAUCUUCCCAUUCUUCUGUGCUUCUGGACAUUAAAUUUGAAUGUUUCUUUAAGCUUAUUUGCUGAAUUGCAUCUUUUUAAGUGUUGAGUUAGUCAUCACCAGAUGUCUUCGUGCUUGAGCGGAGGCGGAAGAACCUACGGUUUUGAGCUUGAAAUUGUGAAAUCCCCUUCCACCUCGAUUCGAACUUCGCAUUCAUCUUCUCCUUCUUCAACUCUUUCGGAAUCGAGCAAUUCCCCCAUUGCAAUCUCAACCCGAAAACCGCGAACCCCUCGAAAGCGCCUGAAUCAGACGUACAAUGAGGCUGCAGCCCUUCUCUCCACUGCCAACCCGAACAUCUUCUCAACCAAACAUCUCACAAAACCAUGCCAAUUCACUAAGCCACAGGACCCCUUCUUUGAAGAAGAAUCUUCGGAGUUGCUUUCACCCUUUCGGAUGGUCGACAGCCCCGGAUGCCUGCUCCACCAAUCCAUUCUAGAAAAAAAGCCCAAUUUUCAAAUCGAGCAAAAGGUUGUGGAUUCCUGCGAAGAAAAGCCCUGCCGAAGUCCUGUGGAGAGCAAUUUCCAAGGAAAAUGUUCAAUACCCUGCGAUGGGUACGAAGAGGAGGACUUGGAUGCCGAGUCGAUCCUGGAUGAGGAAAUCGAAGAAGGCAUCGACAGUAUCAUGGGGAAUUUAAGCGUAAACAACAAUUCGAUGCAGGAGUACAAUGGGCAGUUGGAUUCUUGGUACGGGGAAGCCAUGGGAUUGAAUCUUGGCGGGAGAUUUGAAUUUGGGAUGGGAUUGGAAAGCGGAGUGAGAGCAUUGAGACAUGUUGACGAGGGAGAUUGGUUCAGGUUUCCCGCUGUAGACAUUCGGCAAAUCUCACCCAAAUUCAACAAAGUUUCCCCAGAGAAAAGGAAGAAGAAAAAGAAGGCGGUGGAGAAGAGAGAAUGUGUCAAAGAGAAUUCAAUUCCAAAGCUGAAGAGCACGGAGCCGGCAGGAGAGAUUUCAACUCAGAAAUCAAAUUCCAGCUUGCUUCUGAAAUUGAAUUACGAAGACGUUAUGAACGCGUGGUCCGACCGGGGAUCGCCAUUCUCCGACGAAAUCCCACCAGGCUCCGACAUGGCAGCAAGUGAUGCCUCUGCCAGGCUGGCGCAGAUUGAAUUGUUUCCGGAGGAGGGCGGCGGAGGAGUGAGAGAAGCUAGCGUGCUGCGCUACAAGGAAAAGAGGCGCACCCGCCUCUUCUCGAAGAAGAUCAGGUACGAAGUCAGAAAAGUCAAUGCGGAUCAACGGCCCAGAAUGAAGGGACGAUUUGUUAGAAGGCUAAAUUCUUCCUCUCGCGAUCAAAGAAAGUCGACGUAGGUUGUGUUGUGCCUCAUAAUUUUCUCCCUCUCCUAUUACGAGUAUUUUUCUUUUCGCUCCCCACACCCAACGAGGAGCUGAUGAGAAGAUGAAGACUAGUCAUAAAAAGGAUUGUCCAAAAUAUUUGGUGGUGGCAUCUCUUCUUGUUUCUUGUUUUUUGUCCCCCCCCCCCCCCCCUCCCCUCUCUCUCUCUCUCUCUCUCUCUCUCUCUCCUCUGGAACAUUUUGUUAAUCUCCAUUGCAGCUUAUAAAUCGAAAGAAUGUUAAUUUUGAAUUGAAUAAAGUUUAGCCUCCUCCUUUAUUUUUCAAAGAGGGGACAUCCGACAA